AAUAAGAUGAGAUCCAAUAAUUCAGUAGUUUCAGUUUGACAUUAUUACAUGUGUAAAAAUCUUAUAACAGAAGAGUGAACAAAAAAAAAGAAAACUAUAAAAGAUCAUGGAGGUCAGUUUGCUUGCUGAGUUCAUCCCCUGGCUGCCCGUCCUGCUCUUACACUAAUGAAUAAUAUUUAUAACCACCAUCCAACCAAAUGCCCAUCGUUCCCGCCAGAUUCUUAACGAUCUUCUUCUUCUUCUUUUGCCGCCUACCAAAUGUCCUUAUAUUUCUCAAACUAUAUAAUAUUUUCUUAUUUUCCUAUCAUUUUAUACUUGUUAUUAGAUUAUUGUAUUUUCCGUGGAACGUAGCAGAGAGAAUGGAAUGGGUCGAAAUGUGUCGAGUUGUCAGAUGCAUUUGUCAAACAUCUUCUGGUUUACUUUGUUGUAAGCGUCAUAGGAGAAGACACGAUCGUAAAACUUGAAAAUAUUUGUCGUAAAGAGAUCAUAGUUCGUUGACACCCGUUUGGUCGAAUGAGGUGACAAAAUGACACGAAUUGGUGGUGGGAGGGGGGUAUUAUCGUAAAAAAGAGGGGUUGUUUGAUGUUUUGUAACAGGGCAAACACAAACAUAGAGAACAACAACAACAACAACUGUGUUCUUCCACCGCCCGCCGGCGUCACCUUCUUUUUACUUAUUUCAUUACGGCUUCGAUCCUCUCUUUACUCUCCACUACAGUAUGGCUACGACGGAGUCCAGAGGCGCUAAUUCGGAAUCUCAAAUCCCUCCUGGCUACUCCUCUGGUGCGAUCAAUGAUGCUUCCAUUUCCUUGAAAGAUCCCUUCUUCCCUCCUCCUUGUGACAACGACAAGAAGCCUGUCUGGAACAAGCCUUGUACCAGCUCCUCCCCUCCUCUUAUGGGCGCCGAUUCAUGGCCUGCUUUGUCUCUAUCUUCCCAUAAGUCCCCCUCUUUGGAUUCUUCCAAAGGUUUAUCUGAUGGAUCAGCAUCGUCAAUGCCGCAGGCUCCUCUCAGUCUCAGCUCGAGUUCUACUGCUGCUACUUCAUCUGAUAACCAUAAUGUUAAUGGCCAAAGGAAGCCUUUUAGACGAAAUAACUCCACCUCAUCUUCCACUAGUAACCCCCCAAAUACUGAUCAGAAUCACACCCAAAGGAGCGGCUCUGCAACUACUCAGUCCCGUCAUUCUCAUAGGCAUCGCAGCAACGGCAGCUCUUACCCUCCUCCUGGGGAUGGGCUUCACCAUGGAAACAGGCGCAACUUCGACCAGAGCUCUUUCCGUAACUCUAAUGGGAGAGGAGACAUGCACUUGCAACCGCCGCAAAGUGGUUUUGGGAUGAUGAGACCGCAGAUGCUGAUGGGAUCACCAUCUAAUGCGCAAUAUAUGACAGCGCCUCAAAUAGGUUCAUAUGGUGGCCCCGUGAUCUACCCUGAAUAUGAUCUGCACGUCUUUUUGCCGCAUCCACCUCCAGAGUCAAUGACUUUAGUUGGAAACUUCCUACCUCCACCCAUAUAUUUUCCCAGCUUUGAUCCCAUCUUGUACAAUAAAAUAUUGACACAAGUAGAGUAUUAUUUCAGUGCUGAUAACUUAAGCAAAGAUAAAUACUUGAGGGGUCAGAUGAAUGAUGAAGGUUGGGUUCCUGUUAGAAUUAUAGCAGGGUUCAGAAGACUUGCGGAAAUGACAGACAACAUCCAGACUAUAUUGGAGGCGCUGAGAAGUUCACAAGUUGUGGAAGUUAAGAAUGUGGAUGGGAUUUGUAGGGUGAAGCAGUAAGGAGGCGAGGAGAUUGGGACAAGUAUUUACUGCCUCAUGAACCGUCAAGCUCUGGUCCUGACGCGGCGGGAGCCUCACUGGGGGCUCAACUUGAGAGCAUGACUCUAUCAUAGAGGAGCGGAGAGGGAGAGUAAAGAGAUGCGAGUAAGAAAAAUGUGUGUUUUUGUUCCACUUGCAACUCUCUAUCUACUCUGUUAGACACCAUUUUCUCUUUCUCUCGUUGUCUUGUGUGUUUUGGAUUGAGAAUCUGAUGGGGACUGAUUGAUGAUUCUCUACUUCGAACAGCAUUAUAAAAAAUGUCUCUGCUGGUUUCUCUAA